AUGAACCAGUCGUUCGAGGUGCUGCGGCAGCAAGUCCAGGCGAUGCCAGAGGGGAGCGAGAAGCAGGAGGCGGUGAGGGUCGUGCAGCAGCAGCAGCAGCAGCAGCAGCAGCAGCAGCAGGGGCAGGGGCAGCAGCAGCGGCAGCAGCAGGUAGCGGCGGCGACGACGGCACAGCAGCUGGAACAGCAGGAGGCAGGGGCGGCGGUCCUCAGCAACACAAGUGAUACCGCCUGGAUAGCAGGCGGGCACCUGAGCUUUGGCUGA